AUGCUUCUCCUCAAGGUGUGCGCCUCCCCCCGCCUCGUCUUUCUCCUCUCCCUCGUACCAUACGACCUCGCAGCAGACCAUUUCGAACAGGCACACCUCGACAUCAUCAACACCUUUGCCGAGAUCACAAACACCAAAGCCGCACUCGACGGCCUCAACAACAGCGACACCUUCGCCGAAGUCAAGACCGCCACGACCACAGUCGACCGAAUCUCCCUGCCCCACAGGCACGGCGGAUUUGGCCUGACCAAGCCCAGCGACAUCGCCGACAACGCCCUCCUCUCCACCUGGCUCGCCUGUGCGCCCUGGCUCGCAGACACGGUGCCCGCGCUGAGGGACAUCACCUUUCGCACGCGCCCGCAGCCUGCCGAACCCACCGGCUCACGCACCCGCGCAGUCGUCAGACGCCACGCCGAGGCCCAGCAAGCCGCCAACACCAUCCCCAACGACGACAUCCCCGAGGAGAACGGACCCCUGCGCGGCUACGCCGAGCGAUGCUUCCGCCGAGUAUGCGACCGCGGAGAAGAGGAGAAAAAACUAAUCUGCCCCACCGCGGGAUCCUUUUCCUCUUCAACCGCCGCGUUCGCCGGCAAGAACAUCAGCAUCAUGCAGCUCCAGAAGAAGCUCACCAACGAGUUCCACAAGCGCACCCUCGCGAAGUGCAUCACCGACGCCAACAACCCCACUGGCACCAACUACGGCAUCGACCGCACCGACAUCGCCACGCACAUGACAUCCCUCGACGGACCCCACACGGUGACAUGGGCAAACGUCCCACCGGUCAGCCCUGCCUUCCGCCUCCGCGCUGACACACUCAGCCACCUCGUGCACUACCUCCUCAACCUGCCCCACCCCGAUUUCACUAACCUCAAACGCGACAGGUACAAGACACACUGCUGCGCGCGCGCCCACACCAUCAACGACGCAAGAAACAUCUACUCCCACAUCCUCCGGACGAGAACAGGCAACUCCGGCGGAAGCCGCAAAAGGACGCACGACAGAACCUACGCCGUUCUCGCACGCCAUGCAGCCCGCGCAGGCUUCGCAGUGUACACCGAGCAACGCGGCGUCAUACUCGCACACCACACGCGCACCAACGGCAAGAUCCCCGACUUCACCAUCGCAAGGGAAGGAGGCGCCCUCGAGUCCGUCGACUUCACCAUGGCCACCGUCCUCAGCUGCACCCACGACGCCACCAAGCCCACCCCAGCCCGACACAACCGAGAACGCGCCAACGCCCACGCAGGCGUCGGCAUCAAGAUCGCCGAGGCCAGAAAGACUCUCGAGUACCCCCGCGAACUGCCGGCCAACAACAAGAUCACCAUCAUCGCCACCGAAUGCACUGGGCGCUUCAGCAAAAGCGCUCUCGAAUGGUGCAAAGACAUCGCGAGACACCAAGCAGAACGCCAACGCCCGCUGCACCUCCCCGGCCAGAACACCACCAACGAGCAAGGCACAUACGAUCCCGAAGACAUCAAGAAGUUCCACUACAACGUCGCCGAAGCACAACUCGAGCUCCACAGACAAAACAAGGAGUGGUGCAUCGGAACCAUCGCAAAAGCACGCCACAGACACGUCGACGUCGAGCCAGAGUUCGACGAGAUGAUCUGGGGCUAA